AUGAAUUACGGUCGGUAUGUAGAAUCAAAGUCGCGGUCCAAGGUCACAUGCCUCCAAGGACGCAACCAGUCUCACGUGAUAAGUUACGAUGACGUCAAUCACUCGUGUCGUCAUUUUUUGGACUUGAACACGACGCUCGUUUCUGGUGGCGACCAGGCAUCCACUUCCGUAUGGGUUAGAAACAACAGCGUCAUGACGGUAUUUCCGGUCGAGCGGUCAGACGGCCAGUAUGUGGCAAACGUGGACGGCGCUUGCAAGGCGGUGGGUGGACGUUCAGCUAACAUCAAUAGCCUGCAUGACGCGAAAAUAUCCGGUCUACAUUUGUGUCGGUGCGGUUUGCUAGGAGACAACACGACCCGGUUCAGCGUCCAGGAAGACACUAGCUCGUGCACAAAGUUCACCAGCUCAUUGCUAUGGCCCAAGGUAGUCGCAUGCAAGCUUUCAACAGGGGAAUAUCUAAACCCCGCCAACCUCGUCUACUGCAUAUUCUCGUGA